AUGAGGAUGGAGGCUGCAUCCAGGAUGAUGCUCGGUGGGGUCAUUGUGUUGACGCUGUGCCUUCGUCACGUUGCGUUUUCUUCUGCUCAGGAGUGUCCAUCCACUGUCGACCUGCUCAACUCGUUGCGACAGGUUGAGAAGAUGUUGGCCGUCCAUGAAGCAUCGUACCAGGAGGGUCUGCGCUCCCUCAGGAAGAAGAUUAGCGCCCUGCCUAACAGCACCAUGACCUCCAAGAACGUGUCCUGCCCCAAACCAGAGCCUCCUACCCACGGCCGCAGACUGGGCAGGGUGUUUGGUGUCGGACACGAGGUGCACUUCCUGUGCAAGCCCGGCUACGAGCUGAUUGGUCCACGCACUCAAGUGUGUCUGGAGUCCCUGAAGUGGAGCGGCAAGCAGCCGAUCUGCAGACGCUUCAACGGCACUGCCACCUCCCUGGCCUCCUUCUCUCCUGCUGUUCCCUACUCUUCCUCAUCCUCCUCAUCAGUGUCUUCACAGUCUACUCCCUCCCCUCCAUCAUCCACGUCUUCCUCCCCGUCCUCCCCUGUCCAACCGUCUCGCUGUACUCACUUGCUGGGCUCCACCCGCUGCACCUGUGACAUUGGUUUCACCAUAUCAGGCCGUGACAACAACGUCUGCACCGAUAUCGAUGAGUGUCAUGUGUUUCCUCUCAGCCAGCCCGGGCGUCUCUGCGUCCAUCAGUGUGUCAACACUCCAGGCAGCUUCCACUGCUUCUGUCCUGCCGGGUAUGACCUUGCCAGAGAUGGCCACGGCUGCACAGACAUUGACGAGUGUGAAAACCAGAUGCACAACUGCACAGCAGACCAGGUGUGUGUGAACACCUUCGGAGGUUUCCAGUGUGCAACGGUGGAGUGUCCUCACACAAAAAAUGCCACGUACAUCAAGACAUCACCAAUGCGCUGUGAGAGGAACCCUUGCAUGCUGGGAGAUGAGGCGUGUGUUCAGGCCCCAAACUCCAUUUCCUUCCACUUCCUGUCUAUGGUGUCCAACAUGUCUGCUCCCCGUGUCCUCAUCCGGGUGUCGGCGGCUCGCGUGCUGGGCGACACACUGCGUUUCGGCCUGGCAGGCGGCCAAGGUCAUACCCACUUCAGUGUGCAGCGCUCUGGUCGACAGACUGGCACCCUCCUCUUGGUGACACCUAUCAAAGGACCGGCUACCAUGGAGGCCGAGGUUGAGAUGAGCGAGCUGGAGCACAACGCCUUGCUGAGCCGCUACCUCACCAAGGUCACUCUGUUUGUCUCUCCAUACGAGUUUUAG